AUAUGAAAGCCCCCCCCUGUUUUUUUUUGGCAGGGGGGAACGCGGGCAUGGCUGCGGCAUACGCAGCCAGGAAGCUGGGGCUGCCGGCCACCGUGGUGGUGCCCAGCAGCACCGGCCCCGGCACCGUGCGCAGGCUGCAGGAGCUGGGGGCGACGGUGGAGGUCUGCGGCAAGGUGUGGGAUGAAGCCAACCGCAGAGCCCUGGAGCUGGCCAACACCCCCGGCUGGGUCAGCGUCCACCCCUUCGACCACCCCUUGGUGUGGCAGGGCCACGCCAGCCUGGUCCGGGAGCUGAAGGACUCGCUGGAGGCCAAGCCCGAUGCCAUCGUGCUGGCGGUGGGCGGCGGGGGGCUGCUGGCCGGCGUGGUGGCCGGGCUGCAGCAGGUGGGGUGGCCAGACGUCCCCAUCGUCGCCGCCGAGACCUGGGGGGCACACAGCUUCCACGCAGCGCUGGAGGCCGGCCGCCUCGUCACCCUGCCCGACAUCACCAGCGUGGCCAAGUGCCUGGGGGCGCAGACGGUGUCGGCGCGGGCGCUGCAGUGCGCGCAGGAGAGCCGGGUCAUCUCCCAGGUGGUGGAGGACACCGAGGCCGUGCGCGCCGUGGAGCAGUUCCUGGAUGAUGAGAGGAUGCUGGUGCAGCCGGCGUGCGGGGCGGCGCUGGCCCUGCUCUACUCGGGGCGGCUGCAGCGGCUGCAGCGCGAGGGGCGCCUGGGGACCCCCCUGGGCAGCGUGGUGCUGGUGGUCUGCGGCGGCAGCAGCAUCACGGCGGCACAGCUGCGGGGCCUGAAGAGCCAGCUGGGGCUGGAGUGACCCCCCCGGGUGUGUCCCCCCCCUUCCCCACAUCCCCCCAAAGGAGCUGUGUGGGGUGGGGAAACUGAGGCACGGCCCCGGGGACACCCGCGUCCCCCGAGCAGCCGCGGCUGGAGCUGGCCGAGGCUCCCCCGCCUCAAUUAGCGAGCGCUCCCGCUCUGGCUAAUUACUUUGCUACUGUCUCUGUGUUAUUAUUCUAAUGAUUAUUAAUUAUUACAACCCUCGCCCCUC